GCUUUUGCUGCUGCAGGUGAUGCUGCAACACAGAUAACAGGAGUUUGAUCGGGAAAAACAGAGAGAGAGAUGGAUUUGGAUUGGGAAUAAAGAGAAGGAGGAGGGGGGAUUUAAAGGGAAAGAAACAGAGGGAGAUCCAGACAAGAGAGUGAGAGUGAGGGAAGAGAGCCAGCGCAAAGAGAACAGGCAGCGAAUGGAAGGAGAGAAGAGGAGAGGCAUUGACCGGAGGCAUAUGCAUGGACAAGAAGAAUCGGGUAUUUCAUGUGGUCAACGUGCAGCCCUGAAGGGAAGCGUGCUGCCAUCUGAGUGGAUUUUUCAAAUUAGCCACUGCUCUGCUUUUAGAGGAGAAACGAAGAAACACAGACAGGCUCGCAGCAGAGAGCUGAGCGCAGAGGAUGAACAGGAGAUGUAGGCUGUGUGGCUCUGAUCGCUGUGCUCAGACCUCAUAGCCACUCUCAGUGGUUGUCGCAGGCCGUCAGCCUCACAGAGAGGGCAGUAGCAGUCAAUACAGAAUGAGCUCCAAGCACUCCUCCGACUGGAUCCCCUACAGCACUUUAGAUGAUGAGGGGACAACCCUCCGACAGCAGAAACUGGACAGACAGAAACCUCAGCGAGCCCUCCUUGAACAGAAACAGAAGAAGAAGAGGCAAGAGCCUCUGAUGGUCCAGUCCAACGUAGACGGGAGGUCGCGAACGCGGCGGACCAAACAGAGUGAAGAACAGGCCCCGCUGGUUGAAUCCUACCUCAGCAGCAAUAGCAGCACUUUCUACCAUGUGCAAGAUCCUGAACGGGAGGAGGUGAAGGUGACUUCAGAAGCUCAGCUGCCUCGCUCAGCCAAAAAGGGCAAAGCAUCAGAAAGCUCCACUCCGCAGACAGGCAGCGAAAAGAAGGAGAGGAAAGGGAAACACAAAGCGAUCAACAGCCCAGCUGCCCUGCAGGAUGACAGUCAGAUCCAGAUCCUGACAGUGGGCCACUGUGCUGCAGAGGAGGGCGAGGCAGAGCCGGUUAUGAGCUGCACUCAGUCACAGAGUAGGCAGGACCUGCGUGUCACCAUGCUUAAGAAAGGUAUUUCAAGCAGUAUGAAUUUUGAUGAAGAAGAGGAUGAUGAUGAUGAAAUCAGCUCAAGUUCUUCACAGCUCAACAGCAACACAAGACCAGGAUCUGCCACCAGCAAGAAGUCAUCCAAGGAGGUGGCUUCAGCACCCACCCCGCCAACAAAUGAACCUGCCAUCGAUGUUGAGGACCUGGAGGAGUUUUCUCUGCGGCCCGCCCCACAGGGUGUCAGAGUGAAAUGCAGAAUCACCAGGGACAAAAAAGGCAUGGACAGAGGAAUGUAUCCCACCUACUAUCUUCACCUGGAGAGGGAGGAUGGGAAGAAGGUAUUCCUGUUAGCUGGAAGGAAAAGGAAAAAGAGUAAAACUUCCAAUUACCUCAUCUCCAUUGAUCCCACCGAUCUGUCUCGUGGUGGGGAGAGCUUCAUUGGAAAACUGAGGUCAAACCUCAUGGGUACCAAGUUUACCGUUUAUGACAACGGACUGAACCCCAUGAAGGGCACUACCAGCCUAGACGCCAGCAAUCUUCGCCAAGAGCUAGCUGCCAUUUGUUAUGAAACCAAUGUUUUAGGAUUCAAAGGACCACGCAAGAUGAGCGUCAUUAUUCCUGGAAUGAACAUGGAUCAUGAGAGAGUCUCCAUUAGGCCGCGCAAUGAGCAUGAAUCUCUGUUGGCAAGGUGGCAGAACAAGAACACAGAAACUGUGAUUGAACUUCACAACAAGACACCUGUGUGGAAUGAUGACACUCAGUCCUAUGUUCUGAACUUCCAUGGCAGGGUCACACAAGCUUCUGUGAAAAACUUUCAAAUCAUUCACGACAACGACCCUGACUACAUUGUGAUGCAGUUUGGCCGUGUGGCAGAGGAUGUCUUCACCAUGGACUAUAACUACCCAAUGUGUGCGCUGCAAGCCUUUGCCAUUGCCCUCUCCAGCUUUGACAGUAAACUUGCCUGUGAAUAGACUCAACUCAGAGGUUUAGACAAAAGCUGGUUCAUCUUUCCUUAAGGGUUGCUUGUGUAUCCCUUGGGUCAGUUUGAUCUCUUAAAAUCACCCAGUACCUUUGAACUUCUGCAUACUUCAAAAUACAUGUGUGCUUCUUUUUCUAGGUGUUUAUGAUUGCCUAAGGGCAAAAAGGGGGUAAAUGGUCAUGAUCCGUAAAAGAAAAGCACAAAAAAGAAAAAAAAGGUCAAAGGAAUUAUAUAAAGAAAUAUAAUUUAGUAUUCUGCAAUUGCAUUUUAAACCUAUACCCUUUUUUUUUUUUUUAUUUAGUAGCGAUAUGAUUUUAACAUUUCCUUCCCUGUAAAUUGUAGCUAACACUGGACUAUGUCUGAGCAGCUCAACGGAUAGCUUGUUUGAAGUCUACAGCACAUCCUCAAACAUAAAUAUCAUGCAUGAAUUAUAUCCUGUAAAAAAAAAAAAAAACACAAAACAAAACAUGAUCAUUACAUAAUUUUUCUUUUUCCAUAAUUCAUGCAUGCUAAUUUCUUUUAUUACAGUAAUUUGUAACAAUUUUAUCAGUACUGGCUGUUCGUUGCUGCAAACAUGAAUCAUCAUCGCUAGAAAAUCGCUUGGUUCCAAAAGAAUCCAUUAAGAAUCAGACUCCAAAAGGGCAAAGGCAUGUUACGCUGUGCUGUCUACCAUAUUAUAUCACACAGUUAAAUGUGAAUGUACAGGAUGAUGGUGCACUUUACUUUGAAUUACGUAAUGGAGAGAUAAAAAAACUGUACAUACUUUAUUGUGCCUUUGAAGACAAAGUUCAGUGUUAAGGUUUAGCAACAAAAUGGCUUGAACUUGAACUACUAUUUAUUUUUUAAUGUUCUCACAUUCACUGAAAGUAUUUCUCUAAAUUUUAUUUCCCUAAGGCAUAUGUUCAGAACUGGUAAACACAGGGGAUUGCAGAAUAUUUUUGAGAUGUUAAAUUCCAAAGUGCUAAAUGCUGGAUAAAGUUUCAGUUUUGGUCCCUCUGUAAGUAUAUAUUGAGCCAAGCAAGAAUCUGCUUAUGUCCAUCAAAGUUUCUUAAUUAUUAACAGCAUAUGAGCUACAAUCACCUUACUGCCAACAAAGAGUGCAAAUCCACCUUUUGUUUUAAAACAUAUCUUUUUUUGGACAUGUUUCAAAAUCUUUAUGCUCCAUAAAGAAUUUCUGUACAUUCCAUAUUUAACUGGCAGUAAGUCAGUAUAUCACACACUGUUGGCAUUUUUACUUAAAAUAUUGUACAUGACACUUUAAGGGUGGAAUCUUUUGUCGUCUAAUGUAAAGUAGUAGAUUUUCUAUUUUACAACCGUUAACAAAAUGCUAUAAGUGGUUGCAAAGAACAACCACUUACACCAUUUUUGUUACUGUGGGUUAUGAAAAGAUCCUUAACAAAUAUGCUAUUCUUGUACUCAGUUGUGUUCUCUUUGAAAUUUCUAUUUCCAAAUGGUUGAUACUUGCUGUAAAGUCUGCUUUUAUGUGUCUAGGACCCAAAGGUUCUGUCAUGAUUGGUUUCAGAGCUCUCAUUAUUAUGUACAGUAAAUGGUGUAUGAUUUUACUCUGGUGGUAUAAAAAAAAGUCAUUUGAUCAUGAAAAGAAAAUAAACUUACAGUAUGUCAAAUAAAAG